CUUCUCGCGCACAUUUGGUUUGGGCACUCUGGCUAGCACGUGUAGUUUUUAGUUAUUAGUUGUUUGAUGAAGUAAAUAAGUGCUAAUUGUUGUUUAAUUAAUAAUUUGUAAUAUUAUAAAUUGAAGGAAAAUGUUUCGACAAGUUAUACCGAAAAUGAUGCAAAGCAUUUCACAAGUUAAUAAAAUGCAAAUGUGUACUGUUACCCCUGAGCUAAAAUUAGAGAAAACAAUAAAUCAAAUAACUCUGUUGGGAAGAUCCGGGAAUGAUCCACAAAAAAGGGGUUCUGUAGACCAUCCGGUUGUUAUGUUCUCGCUUGCUACACACAGUAAUUACAAAUACUCGAAUGGGGAUUUUAUGCAACGAACGGAGUGGCAUAAAAUAUGUAUUUUCAAACCAAAUCUUCGCGAUAGCGUGUCCAAGUAUCUUAAAAAAGGUCAAAGAGUAUUAGUUGUUGGAAAAGUAAGCUAUGGUGAAUUUAAAGACGAAGACGGCGAAACAAAAUCCAGUACAGCCGUGAUCGCAGACGACAUCGUAUUUUUCCAAUCGCAUUAAGAACAAAUAUCUUAAC